AGAGAGAGAGAGAGAGAGUUAGCUAGGCUCAACUCGGACUAAUUGGCGUUGUAUUCGCAGCUCAGUAAGAGCUUUUAAUUCUUCGCAACGCAAGUAAAAGUGACAUUGUGCAGCAGACAUGCAGCGAGGAGGUGGAAGUCGUGGUGGGGGUGUGUACAACCGGUUUGUACCAGCUAGCCGUGGCAGAGACAAGAAAUCUCUGUACAGCAAUGCUAUCAUGGGCUUUGAUGAACAGGACUUGGAGAAGAUCAAGAAGAGACAUAGAACAGAGCAAGAGUAUUUUGAUGCAGACAGUGAUGAAGAGACGGGUGGCCCUGCUGCUCCAAAGAAAGUGGAUACAUUUGGAGAUAGAUACAGAAACCUGUACUAUGAAGAUAAAGCCCCGCCCAAGAAAGAGGAGAGCAGUGAAGACGAUGAGGACCCUCUGGAUGCCUUCAUGGCGGGGAUUAAGGUUGAAUUAACCAAGGAAGAGAAAGAUGCGGAGGCAAAGAAGAGCAAGAAAGCACAGAAGGCAACCAGAAACGACAUUGAAGAACUAGAUGAAAUGGAAGCAUAUAUGAAGUACAUGGAGGACAACCCUGAGGCAGGUCUGAACACUCUCCCUAUCAAUGAUGAAGAUGAACCUAUCGACUAUGACGCUGACGGCAAUCCCAUAGUUCCAGAGAGGUCAAAGAUCAUCGACCCACUGCCUCCAGUAGACCACUCUAUGGUUGACUAUGAGCCUUUCAACAAGAAUUUCUACAAUGAGCAUGAGUCCAUCCAAACACUCAACUACUCGGUUGUGUUGGAUCUACGCCAGAAACUCAAUAUCAAGGUGUCUGGAGCUGAUCCUCCUAAGCCAGUAACAAGUUUUGCUCACUUUGGAUUUGAUGAGCAGCUAAUGCACUGCAUCAGGAAAUCAGAUUUCUCUAGCCCUACCCCAAUCCAGGCACAGGGCGUUCCCAUUGCCAUGUGUGGUCGUGAUGUGAUCGGUAUUGCUAAGACAGGCAGUGGGAAGACGGCUGCUUUCGUGUGGCCUAUGCUCGUACACAUCAUGGACCAGAGAGCAAUCAAAAAAGGUGAUGGACCUAUAGGACUUAUCUGUGCCCCUACCAGAGAACUUGCACAACAGAUUUAUAUGGAGGUGAAGAAGUUUGGGAAGGCGUACAACAUCCAUGUUGUGUGUGCGUAUGGAGGCGGUAACAUGCAUGAACAACAGAGGGCAUGUGAGGAGGGGCCAGAGGUCAUCGUCGCUACACCUGGUCGUUUGAUUGACCUGGUAAAGAAGAAAGCAACCAACCUGCGCAGAGUAUCCUAUCUCAUAUUCGACGAGGCUGAUAGGAUGUUUGAUAUGGGCUUUGAGCCUCAAGUGCGGUCAAUAGCUGACCACGUGAGACCAGACCGACAGACUCUUCUGUUCAGUGCUACGUUUAGGAAGAAGGUAGAACGCCUUGCUAGAGACAUCCUGACAGACCCUAUCAGAGUUAUACAGGGAGACAUUGGAGAGGCCAACCAAGAUGUAACUCAAGUUGUAGAAAUCUUCAGCGAUCAGACAAGGAAGUUCCCCUGGCUCCUUGCCCGGCUUGUCCGCUUCACCACAGAGGGCAGUGUUCUUAUCUUUGUCACAAAGAAAAUCAAUGCAGAAGAGCUGGCUACAAGCCUUAAAAGAAAAGAUUUUGAUGUUGGUUUACUUCACGGAGACAUGAAUCAGCUUGAAAGAAAUUCAGUCAUCACGGCUUUCAAGAGGAGAGCCAUCCCAAUCCUAGUAGCAACAGAUGUAGCAGCGAGAGGUCUAGAUAUCCCGUCAAUCAAGAAUGUGGUCAACUAUGAUGUGGCCAGAGACAUUGAUACUCAUACUCAUAGGAUAGGAAGAACAGGACGUGCAGGCGAGAAGGGAACAGCAUACACACUCAUCCUAAAGAAAGACAAUCAGUUUGCUGGUGACCUUGUGCGGAACUUAGAGGGCGCUGAUCAAGCAGUACCCAAAUCACUGUUAGACCUUGCAAUGCAGAAUCAAUACUUCAAGAAGUCUCGAUACCGGGCUGGCAAGGGAAAGCGCCUUAACAUCGGAGGUGGUGGACUCGGUUACCGUGAGCGACCAUCAUUCAGAUCAGGAGGGGGAGGAGGAGCAGGAGGAGGUGGAGGAGGAGGAGGAGGGGGUGCUGGUGGGUCAUCCAUGGAAUUUCUUGGUUCUGGAGAUGGAGAUGAAGAGAAUAGAGGCGUAGGAAGCCUCUAUACCAACAGACUAAAUGCCAUGAAGAGUGCUUUCUCUAAUCAGUUCAAGUCUCAUUUUGUGGCUUCCACUUCCUCUCCGUCCACGUCCAACAUGUCCUUCCGUACACCGACCCAGUUUGAAUCUGGUAACAACAAAGCAGUAGGGGGGAGACCCUCCUCCCAGCAUCAGCCUCCCCCUCCCCAGCAGGUCAGACACCAGCCCCUCCCCGCCCCUGCAUCCCACCUGGGUGGGGGAGGAUACAUCAGUAGCAGUCAAGUCAGCAGUAGCACCGGUGGACUAUACUCUGCCAUGGCUCCUAUGGUCAGAUCCUACAUACCAUCGCAACAAGCCGCCUCAACCUCCUCCUCAUCAUCAGCUAUGCCGCCAUCAUCGGCAAUGUCGCCAUCAUCAUCACAGGGCGGUGAGGGGUCAGGUCACGAUAGAGGUCACGAGAGAGGGGCGAGUGUCAGCUUCGGCCACGUCCGUAGAUCCAACGUGGGCCGUGAUCGCAGCUCGGGAGGGGGUCACGGCGAACGUGAUCGCAGCUCCGGAGGGAGUCAUGGGGAACGACGGCGCAGCAGCAGCGGUGGACGGGAUCAUCACGAUGAUGAUAGAACGGAUAGAGGUCACAAGGUAGACGGGUCGGAGGUCAGAGGUGAAGAGGAUGGGGAUGUUCCAGACCCGGAUGAGAGCACGCCGGAGGAAGAGAACCAUGGCUGGACUUUGAGAGGGGUCAAUUUUGGAGUCGGGAGUGGUACUAGUGGGUUACAUGGUAGUGCGGUCAGCAGUAGCAGUAUCAGUAGUAGCUCUACUGGUGGAAGCUCAGCUGAACAACCAAAGCCGAAACGUAAGAGUCGUUGGGAUACGUAAGGAUAAGAUGUAGUGUGGACUUAGUUCACCUUCUAUCUGUAAUAUGUACAUGUAUUCUUUCUUAUUGUACAAUGCUGAGUUAAAUUAUGGCACUGGUUUAUUAAAAUGGGUUGCAUGUAGGAUUGAAAC